UUGUCACUGAUUCAAUGUGGCGUGAAACUGGAUCAAAAUAAACCCAAAACUGCCCUCCGGUACUUCACGAUGGACCUUCCGUGUCUCCCGUGGCAAGACCACGUUGCACAGAAAUGGACCGGACUCGACCCCGAGUUAAAGGAGCAUUUUAUAUCCCUUGAAAUAGAUGAUGUAUUUAAAUGUGCCUUAACUCUGACAACCCAAGAUGAUUUGGAUUUUCUUCAGUCAAUCUCGGUAAGAUACUCAGUACAGAAGGACACAGAGCAAGCAGCCAAAUGCAGGGAGAGGGGUAACUCUUGCUUCAAGACCAGAGACUACACUGCGGCCGCCCAGCACUAUUCACAGGGCAUAUGUUUUGCUCCCCAAAGUUCAGAGCAGCUGUCUCUGUGUUAUGCCAACCGCUCUGCUGCGCUCUACCAUCUGCAGCACUACCAGGAAUGCCUUGAUGACACUGACAAAGCCUUGAUGAAUGGCUACCCUUCUCAUCUCUCACACAAACUAGAGGUCCGUCGUGCACAGUGUCUCAAACACCUCUCCAGAGGUCAAAAGGCAAAAGACGAUCAUCACAGUCCUGCCUUAAAGAAUCAUAAAGUUCCGGACAGAGUAAAAGCACCAUCUGUUGGACCUCUGACAUGUGGGAUUUGUCCUCUAACUGCUAUUGGCUUCAGCCCAGAGAAAGGUCGACACCUGGUGGCUGCAGAGAGCAUAGCAGCUGGGGAGGUGAUCCUUAAUGACAGGCCAUACAGCUGUGUCCUCAUACCAGAGAUGGAGGAGGUGAAAGGGAAGACAGGAAGGCUGGACACAGAGAGAGGAGUGUUUGGAAUAGAGCACAGGUGCUGCCACAGGUGUCUGACUGAAACACUGUGUCCUGUGCCGUGUGAGGGAUGUAGUUACAGCCAAUACUGUUCAACAGGCUGUCAGCGGGACGCCUGGGAAGAACAUCACCGCUGGGAGUGUCCACUGGGCGCAGAUCUGAUGGUGAUGGGUGUGAUGUCACAGCUCGCUCUGAGGGUAACACUAAAGGCGGGGUUAAAAAACAUACAAAGGGCUAGGGAACCAAUCAGAGAUGAGCACACAACGUCAGAGCCAGGCUGUCUAAACAAAGAGUCCAGUGAGUCCUAUCCAUGUCAUACGAAUCGACCCGAUCCUUCUAUUUCAUACUACGGGGACUCUUACCUGAGCGUGUUUCACUUGCUGCACCACCUGGAUCACCACAGCCCAGGUCUGCGUUUCCUGAAUGCAGUUACCGCAGCAACACUCUACAGAAAGCUCAGCAAAGCAGGACUUUCCCCUGCAUCUUGGGCCCUCCGUGGGCCCUCAGAGGCAAACAGGCAAUCACCAGAUGAGGAGGGAGGCAAUGCAGAUUGGAACACGGAGCUGUUGCUGCUGGGAAGCACAGUUCUAAGACACAUCCUGCAGCUGAGGUGUAACGCCCAGGCAAUCCUCAGGUUACAAGAUACAGGAGCAGCAAACUCACCAGUGCAGUCUAGCAGGGAAAUCCGCAUUGCUUCGGCAAUAUUCCCAACUCUUAGUCUUCUGAAUCACUCCUGCUGUCCCAACACCAGCCUGGUAUUCAGCACUGGAAUUAGUGUUGAUCCUUCUGGCUCAGAUCUGUCUACAGACUUCACUGAGAGUGUGGCUGAGCACAGAAGCACAGCUCGCGGAGUCUGUGUAACUGUCAGAGCAGCCAAAGGUAUCGCUGCAGGACAAGAGAUCCUGCACUGCUAUGGUCCUCACAGCAGUAGGAUGGUGACCAAAGAACGCCAGCGUCUCCUGCAGGAGCAGUACUAUUUCCUCUGUCAGUGUGAGGCCUGCACCCUGACCCAGGAGGAGAAGCAGCAGUCACGAGUUGGAGGUAGUCGACACGAGUCUGGUCUCCUGUGUGGCAAGUGCAAAGGAUCUUUCAAAAAAAGCAGCGUGGAUAAAGGAACCGGAUUUAUAUGUUCGCAGUCAUCCUGUGGUCAUUGCAUACCUUCAUCUGAAGUGAGUCACAGGCUGCAGGAGAUCAGGGUCGACCUGAAGAAGGCUGUGGACCUCAUGGAGAGAGAGAGGCCAGGUGAGGCUCUGAGACUGCUGAAUAGGGCUCAUUGUCAGUCUGGACUAAUCCUUGCAGAGACUCAUCCACUACAAGGGGAGCUGGCUGAUGCCAUGGCCAGAGCAUAUGCUACAAUGGGUGACUGGAAUAAUGCAGCCUCCCAUCUGGAGCGAAGUACCGUAGCUAUUGGCUCCCAGUAUGGAGAUGACAGUAUUGAACUGGGUCUACAACUCUUCAAAUUAGCUCAGCUACACUUCAAUGGUGGUGCCAGAGGCCCGGCCCUCUCUGUCAUCCCCAAGGUCAGACGACUCCUCUGCCUUCACUGUGGCCCUCACUGCCAUGAAUUACAGGAGCUGCAAGCCAUGGAGGACUGUCUAAGAGGGUAGACUUAACUAAUCACCAGAGCAAACAGUUUUGCAAUAUAAUUAUGGUUUUGUACUUAGUGAAACUGAAUAAAACUGUGAAAUGAUCUGAUUUAGAACUUUUCCAUUUCUCCUUUUAUUUCAGUUCUAUGUACUAACACACUUACCUAUUCCUGUGUAUAUUCAAAGUAUAGAUAAAGGUAGUUUUAGAAGCAGUUGGUAAUUCUGCACAGCUACCAAAUGACAACUGGUAUACACGCAGUUCGCUGUGGCUGUCUGACCUCUUGGUGUCAGAAUGUAUCCAUCAAUAAUUUCAAUUUCAUGCUUCAGUGGUAGUCUCGCAGUGUGAGGCAUCUUAUCCACCAGGUGCUUCCAGGUUAAGUGUAUUUCUCUAAAUAAAACUCGUACUUGUAUUCAUUAUUAUGUAUUUUUCAAGACUGUUAGGCUCUUUUUGUUUGCAGUCUGUCAAGAAAUGGCUUAAACUGUAGCAAGUUAAUUAAUUUAUACAAUCUGCAAAUACCCUCAGCUGCUACACACGUGUACAGUAUAGGUAGCCCUCUGACCUUUAGGUGGCAGCAGUUAUCCACUGACAAAUUCAAUUUCAUGCUUGGGUGGCUGGAAAGCAAGAUGUAGCUGUGACUCUUGAACCUACAGUAUCCACCUCAU